CCGCAGCCCGAAUAAACCGGCUGGGGCACGAACAGUCUUUUAGGGGUGUGAUGUGGGGUUGAGCAUGGCGAUCAGGCCGGGCCUAGGAGAGAGGCUGCAGUGGGGCAGUGGGUUGGAGGAUGAGUGACAAGCUGGUGGCGCACCUUGCCUGGGAACCUGUGCUUGACCUCCUCUGUCCCACACAGGCGACGGCAACGAGGGCAGCAGAGCUGGAAGUUGUCAUUGUGAUAGAAGUUUUUCUUCUGACUCUCCAACAGUUAAAGACAUGGAACGUUUCCAAAAAUUACUGAAAGCCUAUAAUCGCUGUCCUCGCUAUGUCAGGUUCCAACUAAAGUACCAACAACAGUCCUGGAGUGUAUGCGGGGGCAGCAAGGACCGGUGGGUGAAUGAAUUGAUCAGCUGCUUUGAUCAGAGCGAAUGUGGUCAUGCUUACUCUGGGAGAUUGGUCCAGCAGGAGCAUUCACCUCCCCCCAGCACCCAGAUUCCAGAGUCCACUGAAGGGGCACCUGCAGUCACGGACACCCCUGCUCAGACGUACCUGCCACUCACUCUGCAGUCUACCCAGCAGCCUACGCUUCCAGUAGGAACACUGUCCUUGGACAAAAAGCUCAUCCACUCCCAUGAAACCACUACUUCCUCUGUGGGCCACAGUGUACAGGCUGGGCCUGAAGCUGGGGCGAACCAGAAGCAGUUGGAAGAAAAUGUGGGUCCUACAGCUGGGUCACGUGUCAUGGUGCCAGCAGUGCUGUCUCUCUUGGGCAUUGUCUUCUUCCUCAUUGGAGCCCUUUUCUGUGUGGUGUGUAAGAGGAGAAGUAAGCAGUCACCGCAGUACUCUCCAGAUUUGCAGCUUCAAUGUAUACCUGUGGCAUCAUAUUCCAACAGUUGGGCUAAGAAUGGAAGCUUGUGAGAGUAGAAAAUGUGAUUUAUCCACUACCAUAAACAUUUAAUAAACUGGAACAAUCUCUCUGGCACAUAGUAGGCACUCUGUACAUAUCUGUUACUGUUUAACACCAGCCACUGCCCUCUGUUAGAACUUUCUUUUUGUCUUUACAUUGUGUAAAAUUCUGAAUGUAUAUUAUUUUUACUAAAAAGUAUUUUUCUAA